GGUAAACUCCUUCUGAUGGUUUCAUCGGGAGCUCUGUAGGGGUUUCCUGUUUCCAUUUCAAAACUGUAACGGGAUUCGCUUGAAAAGCGCAGUGCUGUUUCUGCGGGAUAUCUCCGUCGGGGAUCAUUUCAAAGAAAGAAGAUGGCUCUGGGUUACCUCUGCGCGCUCUGCGUGUGGAUGGGCUUGUUGCCUCCCUCACUUGGAACCGGGUUUGUUUAUCGCUUCCCGGGGAUCACCCUGCAGCGGCAGCGCGUCCACUCCGAACAGGGCAGCAGCGCGGGUCCGCCGGGAGCCGCGUCCUCGCUUAGGAACUGGUGUCAGUACACUGCUUCCAGGACAGUGCCCUGCAAAGUGCACAAUGGGACUGAAACCUCAGUGCAGAGGGUGAUGCAGGCCUGCCGGUGGCCCGGACCCUGCAGCAAAGUCAUCAGCUACAGAACUGUCAUCAAGCCGUCGUUUAAGAUCACGUACAAGCAAAUCACGGCUCUGGAGUGGAGGUGCUGCCCUGGAUUUGUGGGGGCCGAGUGUCGCGAAGAAUGCAUGAACUGCACCAGCUUCAGCAACAUGAACAGCAGAAUAAACGCCGUCGAAUCAAAGAUCAGAUUGUUGGAGGAAGGCCGAUCGCUUCCGGAGGUCAGAUUACCAGACGGGUCAACAGGAAAUGAGGUGGACACGCGUCGAGCCACUCCACCGCCGUACCUGCCACCAGUGCCAGGAGCCAGAGGGCCCCCAGGACCAACUGGACCUCCUGGGCCGGCUGGACGACCGGGGAUUGCAGGUCCUCCUGGUAGAACCGGGGACCGAGGAGCACCCGGUGAAAAGGGGGACAGAGGAGAGAGCGGCCGCCCCGGGCCUCCAGGUCUUCCUGGACCGCCAGGUCCUUCUGGGUCAGGUUCUUUUUCUCUACCCAUCCGGGGAGACGUUUUCCAACGAGAGGAGGACCUGGCUGAGCCUCCGGUCAGAGUCGGCCCUCCCGGUCCCGCUGGUCCCGUCGGCCCCUCGGGUUCCCCUGGAGAACGAGGACCCGCAGGGACACCUGGUCUCCCAGGACGGGACGGCAGGGAGGGUGUUCCAGGCAGACCCGGCCCAAAAGGAGAUCCAGGGGAAAGGGGGGCGCCAGGUUCCAAAGGAGAGCAGGGCCAACUUGGAGCGCCAGGCCCAAAAGGAGAACCAGGAGUGAGCUUGAAUGAGGGCGAAGCCGUGCAGCAGCUCCGAGAGGCCCUGAAGAUCCUGGCCGAGCGGGUUCUGAUCCUGGAGCACAUGAUUGGGAUUCACGAGAACUCUGAGGGAUCUGGAUUCAGCAGCGUUUUAGACCCGCUGGGUUUCUCCAGCCUGAAGACGAAGCGUCGCCAAGCCAGCCGAGCCCUCCGUCAGCCCGCAGGCGUCAACUGGAGGCAGAAACGGCUCCCUCUUUAACGUUAUUGUAUCAUUUUGCAUUUGUGUGAAUAAUUGUACGGGAAUAUUGGCAUUUUUAAAUUUUUUUUGUUAUGACUGGACAUGCGUAGCUGUUCUUUGUAUCUGUACUUGCCAGAUUUAUAGUUGUUUUUCUGCGACAUGAAUAAGUCUUGGUAUUAAAAGUUCUUUGUAGAAGAGAGAUGCUGAACAUUUCCUCCACACCAAAUGAUUUAUUGUUCUUUAUCACCCUGCUGCUGCUGCUGUCUUACAUAGAAGUAUGCCAUAAAUUACAAUGGAGGUUCUGGCAUCCUUCCUUCAUCAGAUAAAAGAGAGAUAAGUAAAUGUAUCUCCUUUCCUGGGUUUAGGUUGCAGGCCUUUGCAUUCUUCAACAAAGUCCAACAAAAACCCCAACUUUGUACAGAUCUAAAAAUCUUUGUUUUCCAUCGUCUCUUUUGUGUUAUAAAUUGUGUUAAUGCUGUUGGAGGCAGGAAAGGCUUCCAAGAACAUCAACGUGACAUAAACCGGAGCAAACAUCUGGAAGUCAGAGGAAAACUCGGCCCUCGACGCACCUGGAAGCUGAUGGAGCUGCAAACUUGACAGGGUUACAUUGACUUGUUGAAUAAACUGCCUCUGAGGUCUCCUUUUAAACCGGCGUGAUUGAUUGCGCGAUGUGUCUCACGAGUGAUCAAGAUAGGUUUUCUGAGUGAAGCCCCCACCACCACCGCGUCUGGAGCGAUCUGUGCUUCCUCCACUACAGAGUUCAGACGGUGAGGGGGGGGCGAAUCCUUCUGGGAGGGAAACAUGUUUUCCUCCGCCAGGAGUCGAGGAGAGGAUCGAUUUGGCUCUCGCCCGCUCGCUACAUACGAAGCGUUUCGCCGGAGUGGAGUGGGAACCGCGGAUCUGUCGAUGACGACAACGUUGAAAGCAGACCAAAACGUGCAAACUAUAAACAGAUGAGUGUGAAGAUUGUUUCCGUCAGAGUCCAGAUUCGGAGUUUGGUAUUUUAGUUAUUUGUAACUCUUAAGUUUUUACUGCUCUAUAAAAAGAGAACUACAUAACAAUAAAAUAAAUCAAAGCCCCUCUAACAAGAGACAUGCUUUUUAUUGGCCACUAUCAGCUGUUUAUAGACCUCAAAGUGUUCAAAUGAAACUCAGAAGGGCAGAAAUAACUGCUCUGGGUUGUUAUACCCUCACAUUUCAGAGAUGCAAGUCAAGCUGCUUUCCUGGAAGAGGUAAACAGUUGAUUCAGAAAUGACUCCGUUACCUGUUCUGGAAAGAAAAUCGAUUUGCAGUGAUUUUAUAAGGCAAUGAAGAUUGGCUUGUCCUUGGGCAAAGUCAUUAACUUGUUGUCAUUAUCAUUAUGAGGAUCGAACACGAGCCAAGAAUUUGUAGUGGUUUUGAUUUUGAUCCAUGUAUUCCUACUUGUGAAUGAGGCUGCCUUCCAGAAAUUGCUGUAAGACUUAUAAUAAAUGAAUAUUCUUCA